CCUUCCUUUUCAUUGCGUCUCUGUGGUCGUCGUGUGAAUCUGCAGCGAACAGACCCGCUCCACCACCUAACCUCAUAUACCGUCAAAUAGGCGUUACAUCUCUACUUCAGUAUAAAAAUGGAUUCGUGGACAUUUUUAGUCCUUUGAUGCAAUCGUCGCUCUCUGUACUCGGGGAGCUGGUAGAAGAAGAUGACCCUUUUCUCUUCGCUUGACAAGGCUUUGCUGCUGUGUGGGGGAGUGGGUUACAUCCUGUGGCGUUUCCUGUGUUUGUAAACUAGACGGUAUCGAAAACGUCGGGCGAGUGAGGCUGAAAGUUUUAAUGCUAGAUGAGUGAGGUGGGAGUGGCUUCCCACCAGCCCGACCAUCCUGACUGACGGAUCUCUGGAUGACCUUGUCCCCACCCCUGUCCCUGCGCUCACAUACACCGUUACCACAGCAAUGUCACAUCUGCCCAGCAGCUCAGUCCGCGACCAUAUGAAAUGGGCGGGGCUGCUUGGCUGCGAGGCUGUCCUGUCCAGCAUGGCCCUAAUGCAGGCCAGCUCCAUGGCUGCUCCGCCCAAAAAAAUGAUGGCUCCACUUGGCCAUGGACCACCGCAGAGAGAGGGACCUGACCGGGCUCCCCAGAGCCACAUGAUCCUCCCAUCUGGAAUGAGCUGUCCACCUCUGCUCAUUCGGAAGGAAGGUGAAUUCCAAGCUCCCCGCCUGCUGGAUGAGAAGGAGAUGAGGGCCAACGAGGACAUGCAGCAGAAAAAAAAGAACAGGAAAUCAGUAACGCCCUGCAAAGUGAGAGAACAAGAAGGAAGGGGAGGGAAGGGCACAGGUGGAGAUGAGAAUGGCCCAUCAUCCAAAGUGCAGAAAAACUUUAUUUGUGAUCACUGUUACGGAGCAUUUAGGAGUGGAUACCACCUGAAGAGACAUAUCCUCAUUCAUACAGGGGAGAAGCCGUAUGCUUGUGCCGUAUGUGACAUGAGGUUUAUUCAGCGUUACCACCUGGAGAGACACAGCCUCAUUCACACGGGAGUGAAGCCGUACGCUUGUUCCAUGUGUGACAUGAGGUUUUUCCAGCGUUACCACCUGGAGAGACACAGACUCACUCAUACGGGGGUGAAGCCGUACGCUUGCUCCAUGUGUGACAUGAGGUUCUUCCAACGUUACCAUCUGGCAAGACACAGCCUCACUCAUACUGGGGUGAAGCCAUACGCUUGCUCCAUGUGUGACAUGAGAUUUUUCCAACGCUACCACUUGGCAAGACACAGCCUCACUCACACGGGGGUGAAGCCAUAUGCUUGCUCCAUGUGUGACAUGAGGUUUUUCCAGAGAUAUCACCUGGCAAGGCACACUCUCACCCACACGGGGGUGAAGCCAUACGCUUGCUCCAUGUGUGACAUGAGGUUCUUCCAGCGUUACCAUUUGGCAAGACACAGCCUCACUCAUACUGGGGUGAAGCCAUACGCUUGUACCAUGUGUGACAUGAGGUUUAUACAGCGUUACCAACUGGAGAGACACAGUCUUACUCAUACAGGGGUGAAGCCGUACGCUUGCACCAUGUGUGACAAGAGGUUUUUUCAGCGCUACCACCUGGCGAGACACAGCCUCACUCAUAUGGGUGUGAAACCUUACGCUUGCACCAUGUGUGACAUGAAGUUUUUUCAGCGUUACCACCUGGCGAGACACAGCCUCACUCAUACGGGUGUGAAACCUUAUGCUUGUACCAUGUGUGACAAGAGGUUUUUUCAGCGCUACCACCUGGCGAGACACAGCCUCACUCAUAUGGGUGUGAAACCUUUUGCUUGCACCAUGUGUGACAUGAGGUUUGUUCAGCGUUACCACCUGGCGAGACACAGCCUCACUCAUACGGGUGUGAAACCUUAUGCUUGUACCAUGUGUGACAAGAGGUUUUUUCAGCGCUACCACCUGGCGAGACACAGCCUCACUCAUAUGGGUGUGAAACCUUUUGCUUGCACCAUGUGUGACAUGAGGUUUGUUCAGCGUUACCACCUGGCGAGACACAGCCUCACUCAUACGGGGGUGAAGCCGUAUGCUUGUUCCAUGUGUGACAUGAGGUUUAUUCAGCGUAACCAUCUGGAGAGACACAGCCUCACUCAUACGGGAGAGAAGCCAUUUGCUUGUGACAUGUGUGAUAUGAGGUUUAUCCAGCGCUACCAUCUUGAGAGACACAAGCGUGUCCAUAGUGGAGAGAAGCCUUACCAGUGUGAACGGUGCCAGCAGAACUUUUCACGGACAGACCGGCUGUUGCGGCAUCGGCGGUUGUGCCAGGGCCGCAGCGUAGCCAAAGUGGAGAACCAGCCGUGCUGUGAACCACGCCCGUACCCCCAGGAACCUCCACCUGCACCCCCGACCUGGAGUCCUCUUCACCCCCCACCGGGUCGACUGGCCGUCUGACAUUCCGCCUUCCCAACACCCGCACCGCCACCAGAAAUGGGACAAGCCACAGGGUUUCUUCUCCUCAGCUCUGUACAGAGUGGCGCCACACUCUAGCACAGACUGAUCUUUGCAGCUCCAGUCUUGGGAUUACUAAUGACAGAGGGACAUUUGUGUUUUUGUUUUGUUGACUUUUUACUGUGUUUCCUUUUACCCCCCAGUUUUUUUUAACAAGACUUUUCUGUGAUGAACAGUGGUCCUGUUUUGUACUUUAAUCUAUUUGAUUUUUUUGCAAAAAAAAAAGAAACAAAAACAGUUUUUAUUAUUGUGGUUAAAAAAUAUAUCUGCUUUUAGUGGUACUAGGGAAGGGCAAGGGUAUUGUUUAUCCGGACAUUUUAGCAACAAAAUGGGAUGCAGUGGUGAGGAAAAAGUAUUUGAGCUUUUUUUCAAACUUUUCUUACAUGGCCCAUUUAGGUUUUAAAAGAUCAUCACUUAGGUGGAAAAAAAUAUAUGAAACUGAACUUUAUGCUUCGGUUAAGCAUGGAGAGCCCACUGUUUACACCACAAACCAGAUUUUGCCUUUUGAAACAGCUCGUAGACUAAACCUGGUACAAACAGUGGGAGUUCCCUGACUUCACAAGCACAGAUGCCACAGUUUUACCAGUUCCUUUUGUGUAAAUAAUGUUUAAUAUGUCAUUGGACUUAAGUGAUGAUGGUUUUAUUCAUGAAAUGGGCCAAAAUGAAGCUGAAAAUUAGAAAUGGGUUCAAAUACGAUCUGUUUCCACUGUUUCUGUGGUAAACUGACAAACUUUGUAAGUGUGUGUAUAAAAACGUAAUAUCGAACAGUGCUACAAAACUGUAAACCAUGACUUCCAAGAGGUGGGUGAGGAGGGGGCAACCUGCUGCAGACUGGCUCUGUGUGGGACAUGAGGGUGGGGUCACAGGAGAGUCACCUGUGUAUCUCAUGCCCUGUGUCAUGUAACAUGAUGACUCAGGAAGUGGCACAGGAUGACGGCCUUAGCAAGUCCUCCAGCGCUGAGAGUUACACUCUUGUACUUUCAGGCGUGUGUUUGUCCACAGAGAUCUGCAGACCUAAGGCUGACAGGGGGCUCUCCCAGCUCUGUCCACAGAUCUCGGUCUAAAACGGUGCAGGUUGGCCACUUGAACUCCCAUUAUGUUGUUUGUACAGAUUCUCAAAUUGUGAGAUAAGUGGGGGUAUACAAAAUCUUGUGGCCUUAGUGUUUUUCUUUUUUCUUUUGCCUUUUAUUUUCAGCUGUUUAUCAUUGUGGAUCAGAUGUAUUUACUAAGACGACACAGCCUUUUACCUGUUCUUUUUUUUUUUUUUUCCUUAUAGCUGUAAUGGUUACAGAAUGUUGAUGGGCUUCAGUGGCGCUGAAACAGACCAAUAUUUUCUCCUGUCAAGAGAGAAAGUUGUGUUUUGAUGAGUAUUUUGGGUCAUUGUUACUGAUUACAGUGUAACACAAUAUGUAAUUUUAGCAGCCCCUGGGAGUUGAACAGUCCUUGUGAGAAGUCGGUAGUACUAAAUUGCUUCCCACUGCAGUGCUUUGGCUGGUUGGAGGCCAUAGCAGAAUCAACACUUGCUUGACUCUGCUACACACUAACAAUUGCCUUUUUAUCCAAAUAUUACGUGGUUGGUGUGUAUAAUGGAUGUCUGUCAUGUCAUUGGGUUUAGCCUUAAGUAAGUGCGGAUACACAAAUAAUCAUUGUAGUACUAAACGAUAUUGUAACAAGCAAUUUCUUUUACCUAUGAUUAACUUUGAGCAUACUGUGUGAAAGUCUUUGACGGUCAGACUGCAAGGAGCCGGCCGGUCAGGGCCACUUCACUGCCGGUUGGAGAAUUUCUCAAACUUGAUCCGGUCUGUGAUUGGCUAGCUCCACAUUUUCCAGGUUAUUAUCCUGUCCGUACAGAGGAAGGAUUAGUCUGAACCCGCACAUGAGAUGAACUGAAGUCGAUGCGUUUAGUUCAGGGUUGCAAUGAAGUGUGAGGAGUUCCGAGCUGAAGGUGCAUCAGCGAUUUUAAUUAUGUAACAAGUUGUACAUUUUAACACAUCUCUGUUUGAGCUCUGCAAAGUGAUGUUUGGGGAAAAAAGGAGGUUUUUAAGAUGGGAAUUCUUCCACUUUUAAGUCCAGAUAAGCUUUUAACAGAACGUGGAAAUGAUUUGUAGAAUGAUCAUGUUUAUGUUGGAUUUUAAAGAAGUUGCAGAUUACGGAGUUAAAGGUAGACUAAGCCAUUUCACCCCCUGUAGAUUUUGUCUGGAAUAAUGUGCAAGGCAGUCAAGGGUGCCUUUUUUUUUUUUUCCCCUCUCCCCCCUUUCGCUUAAAAAGCCAGGGCUGUGUUCAAAUUCUGCGUACACAGAAUGGACAGUUAGACUGAGGAGAUGCACGUUGAAUUAGACCCAAAGAGGACUGGAUUAGAACGGCUUAUUCCACCUUUAAAUCACAAACGAUACCAAAAGUGUUGACAGUCCUCUUGAUAUCAAGGCAAAGUUGUGUGAUGGUAAAAGUGCACAGUUGGGAUUCAGGAUGAAAUAGGCCAGUGGCAGAUGAAGACCAAGUUUGAGAAAUGCAUUGAUUUUGCUUUGGAAACACUAUUCCAGAUCUGGGGAAGGGAAACUGCUGGCACGAGCACAUACUGAAAAUGGCUAAAGGGCAAUACAGUAUAUAGUUGACGUCACUUGUUAAUACCUUUUUGUCACUUAUUGUUUUAGUAUUAUCAAUCUCAUUGUUAAAAUGCAAUAGAAUCCUUGAGUCUCAGAUCAUUUGUUUAUAAGAUGGAGGUUUAAUUUUUCAGACGGAUAGAAGGAUUUAUUUGUCUGAGGAUUUCUCAUCACAUUUUGAUGAUUGUUUCAAGGACCUUUUUUUUAUUCUGAAAUUGUAAACACUGGAGUGAAAGGAAAAAAGGCAAAAAAAAGAGAUAUGGAUAUUUUUCCUUCAGACUGUACUAGAUUUUAGGUUUUAGACAAAGCCUACUUCUCCUCAACUUAACAGAAAAGGUGAACAGGACAAUUUGGAUCAGUACAGUUGAGAGCCCAGUAUGUUCAGUAAUUUUGACAUUAGAGGCAGUAGAAUCACCAGAAAACGUUUUCUUUCUUAUACAAAGUCCCUGGUAUUUGUAGUAAAUUAUAUUGAUAAUGGUAUUAGAUGAACAACAGCAUAACAGUAGCUAUCACAGAUUAGUUGUUUUCUUUAUUAGUCUUGCAUGCAGAGUUAUGGUCCUCAGUUAAGAUAGGAUCUUGGUAUUGAUUAUUUUGUGUAGGAAAAUGAGUGCAUAAGAAUAACUUCCUAAAAAAAUGUUACAAUGAUUAUUGUAAAAUGGGCUAACUAAUAUGUACCCUUGUGAUCCAAUUAGUUUCAACUGUAUGAAAAUCAGAGGAGAGGCUUCUUACUAUUAUGCUGAAAUAAAAGAAUUUGUAAAGGA